AUGAGUCAAACAUCUUUGAAACAGAAAAAGAAGAAUGAGUCCGGGUUGAGGUACUCAAAAGACCUAAAUGCAGAAAAAAGAAAUGACUCUGAAAAAACGGGAGCUCGUCUGAGCACUCAGAUGAGGCGUGCAGUCAAUCCGAAUCACUGGCUGAGAUGUUGCCCCAUGCGGGGUCACCUGUCGUGUAGACGUUGCCAUUGUGCAGCUGAGGGAAUUAGCCCCUGCCGCACAAUACGUAUUUAUAUUCACAUGUGCCUGUUGUGGGAUCAGGGCCGACACAUCACCAUCACCAGGGGAUCUCAAGAAAUAUCAGUGGCCAAGACUGACUCUCGAGGAUAUCUUGUGAAAAAUCAAUGGUCCCGAACAUCACAGAGCCCAUCCACCAGGGCUCCAUCAGUAGCAGAUGAGCCCAGAAGCAGAAGCACUACGAUUAAGGUACAGCGAGCCCCCAACAGCUCCACAACCUCCCGGACUUCCUCGGCUUCCCCCAGCCAGCAUGAGUCGCCUCCCCCGCAGCAGCAGGCUGAGAAGCAGCAAUCGCAGGCGCCAGGCGGGCAAACCCGGCCGGUCACGCCCCUGAGUUCGCGGCCCCCCACACCUCCGGAUCCCGAGCCCAACUCCCGGAGGAGCACGAAGAUGUAUGAAAACCCUGAGGCCUGGGCUCAGGGCAUCGUGCGCGAAGUCCGCGAGUCUCGGGAUUACUCUCAGGACUUGCCCUCGAAGGUGCAGGUCCGGGAGUACCCGCGCACGCCCCCCACUGAGUGGAAAUCUUAUGCCCAGCGCCGCCUGCUCUACCCCUCAGUGGAUAUACAGGAUUACGACUGUUUAUCUGAACUGCAGCGACAGCAGCUGCUGCAGCAGAAAGAAGAAGAAGAGGAGGACGAAGCCUACUGGGCAUCCGUGAGGUUGCAGUUUGAGAAGACGCCUAGCUGCUCGCGUCCCAGGCCGCCCAAACCUAAGCAUGCCAUCACAGUUGCUGUCUCCUCCCGGGCACUCUUCAACAUGGUCGACGACAGGAAAAUCUAUGAAGAAGAAGGUCUGGAAAAGUACAUGGAGUAUCAGCUCAGCAAUGAGAAUGUCAUCCUAACCCCAGGACCAGCGUUCCGCUUCGUCAAGGCCCUGCAGCAUGUCAACUCUAGACUCCGGGACCUGUAUCCCAAUGAACAGGAGUUAUUUGAUAUUGUACUGAUGACUAAUAACCAUGCCCAAGUGGGAGUGCGGCUUAUAAACAGCGUCAAUCACUAUGGUUUACUAAUUGACCGCUUCUGUCUGACGGGUGGAAAAAGCCCCAUUGGCUAUUUGAAGGCAUAUCUUACCAACCUGUAUCUUUCUGCAGACUCCGACAAAGUACAAGAAGCAAUACAAGAAGGUAUUGCCUCUGCAACCAUGUUUACUGCAUCCAAAGACAUAGCGUACUGUGAUACACAGCUCCGGGUGGCCUUUGAUGGGGAUGCCGUUCUCUUCUCUGAUGAGUCUGAAUACAUUGCCAAAGAGCAUGGUCUGGACAAAUUCUUUCAACAUGAAACCCUAUUUGAGAAUAAGCCUCUUGCUCAGGGUCCUUUGAAGAGCUUUUUGGAAGAUUUAGGCAAACUACAAAAGAAAUUUUAUGCCAAAGACGAACGGUUACUUUGUCCGAUCAGGACCUACCUGGUUACAGCUAGAAGUGCAGCCAGUUCAGGCGCCCGUGUACUGAAGACCCUGCGACGCUGGGGUCUAGAAAUAGAUGAAGCUCUUUUUCUUGCUGGAGCACCUAAAGGUCCCAUCUUGGUGAAGAUCCGCCCUCACAUCUUCUUUGAUGACCAGAUGUUCCACAUUGAAUCAGCACAGAAAUUUGGCACCAUCUCAGCUCAUGUACCUUAUGGUAUUGGUCAAAAAUACAACUAG